UGGAGAGGUCAGCUGACACGACCAAAACAAAUAUGGCAGCCACAGGAAGGAUGGUAAACAUAUCGAAGCUUUGUGUGUGUUUUUGUUUGUCUCUCUUGAUUUCGCCUGCCGGUUUUACAGAUCACAUAUUUUUUAAAGUGGCCGAUUAACUAAUCAAAUGUGUCUGGACCAUGAACGGAGAGCCAAAACGAAACACGGAAAAUAAACGGAAGUGCCUGCCUCUCGUUUGAACCUAAACAUCCGCCUGUGUAACGCGUGUGUUUACUAUGUUAGCUCGUCGUUUGAGCCGAACAAAUAUGAGGAAAACAUGAAAAGUAAUUUGAUGGCCCUUUUGACGGGACGAGGAAUGGUGUACUGUUUCGCGUGACAUAAAGGACAAGCUAACGGUCUGAACAAGAUGUAGCUAACGUCUGAAUAUCUCACCAGGAGCCAAAUAAACGAGACAUGGACUUUGCCGUUGGGACAACCUGAGAGCACCGAGAGGUAAACAUCGAUAAGUUAAAGAUACAUUACCAUGGGUUUGGUGAACUUUGUAAUCUCCACUGUGGGAAAAUGCCUGGACGCCGUCUGCCUACUGCUGGACCUGAAUUUUCUCAUCGUCCACAGCGUGGUGCGGGCUAUCCUGGCGGUUAUCACCUUAAUAACCAGCCUGCCCGCCCUCUUCCUCAACUCAAUGGUGGAGUUGGGAAACUUAAUGGUGUGUUGCUUGAUGUCCAUGGCAGAGGCGACGUCAGACGUAGCCCACGGUACUGUCUCCAUGCUGGGGAGCUUGGUGCUGGCUCUGGAGGGGCUUCUGGAGAGCCUGAAGAUGGUGGGUUACCUGUCCAUGCACGUUCUACUUCGUGGGAAGGAGCACCUGUACAGAGGUCUGCUGUCGGUGCUGGAGGGCUGUGGCAUCGCUGUCAGCCUGGUGGUCUAUUUCACCAACACAGUGGUCAAUUUUGCACUCAUUGCCACCCAGAACAUUUACUUGACGGCAGUCAGUGUGUGGCAGACGGUCUCCAGCCCGCUGCAGAAGGUGCUGGAGCUCACGCUGACCUCCUUCACCUUUCUGUACAGCAGCCUGGUUGGGACUUCGACUUUCCUGUGGUCGCCCUGUAAACUUGUGUUGGACUUUCUGGUCUCGCUGGUUCAUAUGUUUAUCAGCAUCUUCAUAUUGAAUAUCUAUGGCCUCCUGCUCACUGUCACUAUUGCUCUAACUACCACGGCCUACCUGAACCCAGGGCUGACCCGACAGGCUGCUGUGCAAGUUGUGGAUUACAUGAACUCUUUUGCUGCCCUGCGCAGAUUUCAUCUGGCUAUCCACCGCCUUGCUUCAGCCUUGCGGAGUGCCCCAGAUUUUGUGCAUGGCGCCAUGCAGCGCCUGUCAAGGAUACGCCAUCACCUCUACCUGCUAGAGAGAAGAGUUUGGCAGCAGCUGUCUCAACUCAGCAGCGAGCUAGGUCUGGCUCUGAGGACACAGCUCCACAGGGACACCAACAACAGAGUACAUGGCGAUGGUGACCCCAGAGAGGAGAGGCGGGACCCACCAGAUGGAAGAGCAGGAGAUGGAGCCCACCAGGAGAUGCUGGAUUUAGUUUUCCCAUCAUCAAGCACAGACAGACCACUAAAGAAGCAGUCGACUUCAGGCAAAGACAGUGAACCUCUGCCUGCGGAGAGUCUUCUGACUCUGCUGAAGGAGCACGAGGACAGGAAGAAGUGUGUGAUCUGUCAGGACUGUACCAAGACGGUGGUGCUGCUGCCAUGCAGGCACCUCUGCUUGUGUAGAGACUGUACGAACAUCCUGUUGAGGCAGCCCAUCUACCAGCAGAACUGCCCGCUCUGUCGGCACAUGAUCCUGAACACUAUGGACGUGUAUGUAUGAGGGACCAGCGGAAGUGGAUCUGUGGGUGUCUGACCACAUGGAACAGCCUGUCAGUAUCCAUACUUUAAGUUGUACCACCACUGAAAUGAUGUUGUAAGACAUAUGUUGUUACAGGAUAAGUCUGGUAAUGUUCUACAUUUUUCUUGCUGUCAAAAAAUCCCAUAACAACGCCGUAGUCCAUCUCUUAAUACUUUCCUGCUUCGCUAUCCUAACGGUUGCUCCAAGCCUAUUAAUUUCCACUGAAGUUAUAAAUCUUUAAAAACGUCUCACAAAUAUGUAGUUUUAUUUUCUUUUUUAAGAAACAACUGGGCUCUGUAGUUUUUUAACAAAUGUUACUCAAACAGCAAACAUCUCAAACAGGUGUAAAUGGGCUUUGACUACACAAACAAUACUUGUCUUGUACUUGGUUUUGUAUUUAUUGGGAUUUAUUGCCAAUAAAAAAUAGAGAAUAUUACCAGACUUAUCUUUAUAAAAUUUGGUUGCAGAUCUGUGCACCUUUUGAAAACUGAAAACAAAUACUAAAACAUGUGCUGUGUCCCAAUUCCAUACUACAUACUAACCGUAUACAGUAUGAACUAUAUACUAAUCUUUAUAAUAUACUGUUUUUGCAGUUAGUAUACAAGAAACUGAACUGUUUCACCGCCAUCCACAAUUUGUAUUUUUUUUCCCCCCAGCUAUGACCAGCUCCUCCAUGUCCUUUGUGCAUUGCAUUGUGGGAGAUAGUAUCCAUCAACAGUACAGUACACUCAAACAUCAGGGCGUUUUUUGUAUGCACACGGACUGUUGAGUAUCCUUUAUUUUGUCGCUUUUCCAGUGUGAACACACAACACACUCGAAUCCUGCACAGAAUAAUUCUGUAGUAUGGAUUUGGGACACAGCUACAGUCUCUGUUUUGAUGUUUAAAUAUUCCAGUAUUGCCACGUUGAGUCUCAGGUCUCGUAGCCAUGGUAACCCAUCAGUGCCCUCCCUGAUGCUGAAAUGUUUACCACCGCUCAUGUCUUAAAAUGUUGUGCUUUCAGUGGGCCAAGCUGUGACGAAAUAAAACCGACACUGUGCUUUACUGCACGAGUAAACAAAUGAUUCCACACAUGCUGUAUGUACGAGUGCUGUGUGUUGUUCUAAGCAACACCACGAGCUUUUGUUCUGUUGGAAAAGCUUUUACCAUUUACAUAUACUUGUGUAAAUGAUGACCACUUCUCACGGAGCCGUGUAAAGAGUAAAACAGGUUUUCUUUAUUUAAGGAAAGUCAUUUAUAAUUUUUCCAGUCAGGCCUGAUAAAAUAUAGCUUUAUUCCAUUUAUUUGUUCUAUUGAUAGGGCUUUUUCCAGUCUUCCAUCACAGCCAUGUUACAGUCACCACCAACGCAUAAUCCAUAAAAGGUUUUCCCUUUCCCUGUCAUUGUAAUAAAACAUAGAUUUCUGUUGUAUAAAAGGACCAUAAACUAAUAAGGCGUUACAAUUUAAUUUUGCCUCUGUUUCUCAUUUGUUGCUGUCGAAGCUGAAGUGUUGAUAUUGAUCGGUGUUUAAAGUUUACAGGGCAUUAUUGUGACACCACUUAAUGGAUUGUUAUUGAUGCUGGUGGUGUGGAGUCAGUGCUUUCAUAUGCCCUCAUUUUGAAAAGUUUUUUUUUUUCCUCAAAGUAAUUUGUAUAAUUUGAAGAAAUUUGAUUUCUGCAUUGUUUGUGACUGAAGCUAUGUAAUACCUAAUUACUGACAUUAUGAUGUUCCCUACUACAUUACACAGAUGUCAUUAAUGAAAGUGGUCUGAAUGUUUUUGAUAAGGUUGUAAAUGGUUUCUGGAGACGAGACUGUAGUCAUUAUAGACUACACCUCUAAGGUUUUCCUAAAACGCCAAUGGCAUUCCUAACUGAAGACUGCAGUGGACUGAAAACAGCUCACAUGACCAUUAUCUGUUGCUACCUGCAGUUUGUAUGACACAGUGUGGGACAAUGUGAUUUGAAGACAUGAAUGUAACUUGUGUUUUUUAAAAUGCUAUGGUUGCCACAUAACUGGCAAGUCUUCUGUUCAUAAUAAAAAAACAAUCAAUGAAA